AUGCCUCCGAACGGGGCCGCGAAUCGCAUCCGCGUCGCCGUCGACGGCUGCGGCCAUGGCAAACUAAACGUGAUGUACGACGCGAUUGCGCGAGCCUCAACAGACUCGAACUUUGCGGUGGACCUACUCAUCAUCUGUGGCGACUUCCAGGCGGUACGAAACAUGACCGACCUCGAGGUCAUGUCCUGCCCGCCAAAGUACCGCGAGAUCGGAGACUUCCACGAGUACUACUCCGGCAAGCGCGUGGCGCCCGUCACGACAAUCUUUAUUGGCGGGAAUCAUGAAGCGAGCAGUCACAACGCCGAGCUCUUCCACGGCGGCUGGGUAGCACCGAACAUCUACUACCUCGGAGCGUCGGGGGUGAUCCAGUUCGGCGGGAUCCGGAUCGGCGGGCUCAGCGGAAUCUACAAAUCGCACGACUACAACCGGCCGCACUCCGAGAAGCUCCCGUUCUACCCGAGCGAGGUGCGCAGCAUCUACCAUGUGCGCGCUUACGACGUGUUCAAGCUCCACCAGCUCUCCGGCGACGUCGAUGUCAUGCUCUCCCAUGAUUGGCCCGCGAAUAUAGAGCACUUUGGUGAUACCCAGGGCCUCUGGCGUAUGAAGCCGUUCUUCAAGAGUGAUAGUGAGAAGGGAGAGCUGGGCAGUCCGCCUGCCGAGGGGCUGCUGAAGAAAUUGAGGCCGAGGUACUGGUUCUCCGGGCAUAUGCAUUGCAAGUUUGGGGCGAUAGUAAAGCAUGAGGGGGAUUGGAAGGCUGAAGAGGAUGGGAAAGGCGGGGUAUUUGCGGAGGCGAAGAAUCCCGACGAGCUGGAAUUGGAUCUGGAGGAUGCCCCGGCGGCGGUGAAGAAUCCCGACGAGCUCGACCUAGACCUGGACGACGUUCCCCCAGAAGCGGCAGCGGUCAACAACCCCGAUGAGCUCGACCUAGACCUCGACGACACACCCGCGGCCGCGCCCACAGCGGCGCAGGGACCCGCAGAAAUCGACAUCGACAUCGACACCACCACAACAGAAGCCCCCACAGCAAGCAUCCCCGAAGACACACUCCCCCCACCCCCACCCCCGACCAACGACCUCACCCGCUUCCUCGCGCUAGACAAAGCCAUGCCUGGGCGGGAAUACCUCCAGUUGCUCGCGAUCCCGUCGACCUCCGCGACGCCGCAGCCAAAAACACUCAGCUACGACCCCGAAUUCCUAGCGAUAACACGUUUCAUCAACAGAUACCCCGCCUCAUCGGCAGACACGCUGACCACUUUGCAAUCCCUAAGCACCGCCUCGAUCCGCGCGGGCAUUGCGCGCGAGCGCCAAUGGAUCGAGGAAAACAUCGUUGCCGCCGGCAAGCUGGAGAUCCCGCAGAACUUCUCGAUCACUGCGCCACCAUACGCGCCGGGCGAGAAGGUCACCGGUCAGCCCGCGAACUAUCGCAGCCCUCAGACGAAGGCGUUCUGCGAGCUCCUCCAGAUGACGGAUUGGGUCAGUGUUACCGACGAGGAGUGGAAGGCAAAGAAGGAGCUGCUCAAGAGUAAUCCGCCCAAGUAUAUGCCGCCGGUUGGAGGGCAUGGGGGGCAUAGAGGUGGUGGAUUUGGCGGUGGGAGAGGCGGGUGGAGGGGAGGUAGGGGGGGAGGUGGUGGAGGAGGAGGUAGAGGUGGGGGGAGAGGGGGAGGAAGAGGUGGGAGGGAUUAG